UAGAAACCAGCCAUAUUGUUGAAUUUUCCACGCGUACCGUAUGGUUUUACGCUAAAAUAUUCUGGUGUGCUUAUACCAGUUAAUAUAUUGACGAAAUGUCGGUCGAUUUUGUGUCGGAGGUGGAUCGGCGAUUCUUUGCCAACAACAUGCUGACAAAUGAGGAUUGGGAGUCAGGCAUGGACCAGUUCCAUGACAUAUCAGAAAUUCUUGGGAUGGACACAACCAUCAGUCCUGAGAACCUCUCUGAACUACCGGACGAACUGCUGUCCUUAGAAGGAAGUUCCUCGCCAGUCAACCUCUCCACAAAUAGCAAGACUCUUCCCAUGGAGGACUUCACCUUUGAACACAAGUUUGAUGAAGAGAAAUUAGACUUUUCCAAAUUUACAGAUGAGAAUUUUGAAGACUACUGGAAAGAACAGAGUGAUAGUUCCGAUAGUGGCAUCUAUGGAGAGACAGCGGUCCACAUCAAGCAGGAACCACCUUCACCUGUUUCAUCAAACUGCUCAGAAAAUGGCUCCGAGGGAUAUAACUCAUUGUCGUCAUCUGCCAACACCUUCGUCUUUGCAUCAACGCCUACAACAUCAGAAGAUUGUAAACCUACCAUCAUCAUCAACACUGCAGGGAACACCACUCUCUUGCCCAACUUACAGUCGAAUGUCGUCAACAUCAACUCAAUACUCAACUCCAAAAUCAAGAUACAACCCAAACCAUCGGAAGGGGGAACAACUCUAGUUCAGCCGAAAUCCCAGGCACCCAGUGUCCAAGGCCAACCACCGAAGCCUCUGGUCCUGACAGGGGAAGAGUUUGCCAAGCUGACUGCAGCAGGUACCCUUCGCUUCCAGCCACCGGGGGAGGUGAAAGGAAUAGCUGUACCUCCCAAACAGCAGCAGCAGCAGCAGCAGCCAGUGGUGACUACUGUCCAGCCCUCAAUGUCCCCACCCCCAGGGAUGAUUCAGCUGGAUGGUGAGGGUAAGGCCUUGAAGAGGCAACAGAGAAUGAUCAAGAACAGAGAAUCAGCAAGCUUGUCUAGGAAGCGAAAGAAAGAGUACUUGACGGGGCUGGAGAGCCGCCUCAAAGGCUUCUCGACCGAGAACCAAAAACUGAAGCAGGAGAAUGACACUUUGAAGAGGAAGAUGUCCGCCCUGCAGAUGGAGAAUGAAAAGCUGAAGAAAGCUUUCUCACUGUCCCCAAACAAGAGGACAUGUUUAUUAGCAGUACUCUUUUUGUUCAGCUUCAACAUUGGACCAAUCAGUAAUUUGUUUGCCAGCCAGACCAUUCCAGUCCCCAACCCUUCAUUGGUAAAUGUACACAAGAGCAGACAACUCCUGUCAGUACAAGAAGGAGAAGAGCUCUCCUAUAAAGAAAACCUGAACCCUCGCUGGAAGCAUGCAGGAGACAACAUGUUUCGGGAAACUCCAGCAGUUGUCGGACGAGAUGGGAUGGACACACCCAACAGGCAAAAUGAACCAUCAGAUUUUGAAGCACUCAUGUGUCCCACCUUCUUCAAUAAAACUGAAUCAAUUAGGUUAGCGGAGCAGCUAGCUGGCUGGAUGAUUCAGCAUGAGGAGGAGAAGAAGAAAUCUGAGGCCAGCAAACGUCAGAAGAAGAAGAGGAAGGAGAUACGGCCAGUGAAGACGUUGAAGCGAGCGCUCCGAGGGGACUUCAACCCCAACAUACUCAGGUCUAAGGAAUCCGGCUAUCAUGUUCAGGUGUUUGAUGGCUCUGAUGGAAGGAAGGAAUUCCUUGACGCCAUCCACAGAAGAAACGACACAUUCUAUGUGCUGUCAUUUAACACAGACUACCUGCUGGUGCCAGCCUCUGAGCACAACAAGACCAUGCGGCCUCGGAUGUCUCUUGUCAUGCCUGUCGUCACAAUCAAUGAGACGAUGCAGCCUCCACCAGGAAGUGUAGGAAUGAUGCAGAUCGACUGUGAGGUGCUGGGCACACAGCUCAUCCAUGUCCACAAAUCUGUCAUCCCGCCACCCUCCCCGGUGUGGAACUCCACUCACAACGCGGGAUACAGCGACGACGCAAGGCGGGACCAACAAUAGCCGCACAUGGGGUAUACGUCUUCAUGCUUAUACCAUGUGUGUACAUCAUAAAAUCUUUUAUAACACUCCAAAAAUUUCAGAUAGCUGACAUUUAUUGUUGAAAUUUUGGCUGUUCCAUUUUCAGCGCAUUGUUACUUACAACCUCGAACAAAUCCCUAGUACUUAGCCACCUUCGUUACACAGAAACAUACUGCUAUAUUGCAUAAAGCACUUGAAUGUUUUCCAAAAAUUUGUGAGUCAAGUUUUUGUGACCAAUUUGCCAAUAUUUAGAAAGACAUUAAUUAGCAGUUCAAGAAAGGUAAAAUGAGUAGAUUGUUAGUUAAGAAUAUCAUUUUAGAAAUAUUUGUAACAUCAGAUUCUUAUUUUACAAGCUAUCUGCCUUUAGCAACAGGUUUGCAUACUUGGUGACAGUAUUGAAAAAUUGUGAAUGUUUUUGUCUUACAACAGAGCACAAGUCGUUAAAUAUUUAUGAAUAUUGUAUGAUCAUGGGAGAUUAAUAUUUGGUCUCAAAUAGACCUUACUGGUUCCUGCAAUGGGAUGGCAUGGAAUUAUUGUGUCUUAUAAAGUGACGUGUGGAUGACAGGACAAGGUGAAUACAGCCCAUUUUGAUCCACAUCAUCUCCAAAAAUUUAAGAUAAUACUAAUUAAUAAUAAUUAAAUUGUCACGAAAGGUACCGAUUAUGUUGGUGAAUGAGACCAAAAGUUUGUUCAUUUCAACACUUGCACGUGUUGAACUUGUUUACCAUUUGACGCCUCUUAAAGUUAGACAUACUGACAUUUUACAAUCAUUUUAGCUAUUCACAUAUGCUUGAAUAUGCAGAAGUCUUAAACAUGCAUGGUUCGAAUAAACCUUAUAAUUUUCAUACUAUAUCUAAGUUUUAAGUUUUCUAACUUUAAAAUUUGACAUUGCCAGUGAUCCAAUAGGGCUCUUUUCCUGUACUGUCCCAAGUCACUUGUUUGAAAUACCUCGAAAAUAUGGGAUUAGUUGUUAAGAAAACAUUGCAACAGUCACGGAAAAUACUGGUAUAAUAAUUGUUGAAGUUGAGAGAAAUCUUGUUUUAUGAUUGUUGUGUUUUUGUUACCAAAAUGGUUUCUGCUGGAAAUUAACCAAUUUUGAUAUUUUGAAAUUUUAAACAGUGAGUUGUGUUCAGUGUUGAGUUUAUAAAACUUAGAUUACCAAACUCUGGUUAGAGUGAGCCUUUUAUUUCACAUUGAUAAAGCAGCUUUUGAGUUUAAGAGGGAAUGUAGUUGGCAUGUUGUUUGUCAGUAUUGAUUAUUUCAUGGAAUACUUAUUGUAAUAAUUGUACACAGAAUACUGUGUUAUGGCAGUGGAGUGUAUUAUUGCACCUUCUCGAAGUAUAUUAGUGGCAAUCACUACUUAGAAUGAGUUUUUGCCUCUUAUUUUGCCAUUAAUACUAAAACUGCCACAUUAUGUCGAGAUAUUAUUUUUGAGAUGUCAUGCAUCAUUUCCCUCGACUAGUCUAUUGCUUAGUGCUUCUGUGAAACUUGAUAAGUCAUGGCAGUGCUCAAGAUUACAUCUUCCACAUGACAUUAUUUUCAAUAUAAAUGAGUAAUUCCACUUUGAAUGUAGGUAAAUGUCCUCAGCAGUUAGUGCAGAAUUCUGUCAUCAGGCAUAAAAAAAAAUUCAUCAUUGGUGCGAAUCCGAUAUUAAUACUGAUUAUAUAUCUAGGUUCAGUCACUUGGGGAUUUGAUACCACAUCAAGCUGAAAUACUCUCCAAAUUCACUCACUAACUCUGUCAUGAUAUGGUGUUUCUGGAUUGGAUCAACAGGUCUGCACUGAGGAGGUUUCACCGUUGAUAGUUUCCCAUGAUGCAUUGCCAUGGAGUAUCAACAGAGAGUUGAUAUUAAUUCAUCCAUUCCAUAAAAUUGGUUAACAUUUUAUGUCUAAGCAUGCAAAAUUAUACAACCCUAAUUCAGUUUAUUUCUCACUGAGCAAGAUGUUGACAGAGAUAAUUCACGACCUUUGUAAGGGACCAAUGAGAUAUACCAGCUCUGACAAAGUAUUACUAAACUGUUUAGAAUUUUAAUAAUGUCAAAAUGUUUACACAUCAGACAUCUGCCAUGUACUGUCAGUUGUUUCUAUCAUCAAAACAUGACAUUAAAUAUGUGUAAAUCUAGUUUUGGAAUAUACUUAUAUUUCCAAGUCACAGUAACCAUUUAUUUCCAUGUCACAGUAACUGAGACUGUUGAAUGCAUAUAGUUAGUUACCCAAUUUGGAUUAGAUAUUUUUGUAAAUAUAGUAAAACAAUUGGGUUAUGUUUCUCUGUUUAUACCUCUUCAGAAACUAAUGGCUCAGCUUUAAUGGUUAUUUAUGAGUGUUGCCCAUGGCCAUUGUUUUAUAUGUGGUUUUGACUUGAGGAUUUAACUCAAACUUUAAUUCUUUUGUGAAUGGUAGUGUGAGAUUUUGAAGUUUAACUUCUCUCAAUAUUAUGUGUAAUGUUUGAAAACUUUUUCAAAAUAUUUCUUCCCAUUUGCUAAUGUUUAUCACCAGGCUUUCUGUACAUUGUAGUAGUUUAAUAAGCAUAAUAGAACAUGUGUUUCUUUCAUAAAGCACACUUUGGCCAUCAGUCCUCUGAGGAUCUGGGUUGGAAUGGAUUUUCAGCAACCCAUGCUUGUCGUAACAGGCGACUAAUGGGAUUGGGGUGGUCAGACUCGCUGACUGGGUUGACACAUGUCAUCGUAUCCCAAUUGCGUAGAUCGAUGUUCAUGCUGUUGAUCCAUGGAUUCUCUGAUCCCUGGUCCAGACUCGAUUAUUUACAGACCGCCGUCAUAUAGCCGGAAUAUUGCUGAGUGCGGCAUAAAACUAAAACUCACUCACUCAGGAUCAUAUGGUCAGGUUCAUUGACGUGGUUGAUGCUUGUCACUGUAUCCAAAUUGCAUCAAUAGAUGCUCAUGAUGCCAGUCACUGGAUUGUCUGGUCCAGAUUCAAAUAUUUGCUGCUAUUAUGAAGCUUUAAACUAAUAAUCAAUGGCAUUCACUGAGGAUAUGCUAGACAUGGCGAAAUUGAUGUGAUAUGAGUUUAAAUUAAUCAAGAUACUUGUCUUGUAAUCAUCUUUUUAUAGAAUCCAUGACCAAAUACCUAUCGCCACCUGUCAAUCAAACGACAUAAGUGACCAAUCAGUAAGCCUGAAGUGACACAAAUUCUGGCUGUGUGUGAAAAAUAAUAGCUACCUCCAGGGUCCUGAACCACAAAGGAUAUAUUGUGUUACAAAUUAUCGUAAGUCUAAAUUUUAUCUUAAGCUAAGAUGUCAUAGCACUGUGAGUGCUUCUUGGACCCUGGUCAAUCGUUAGGAUAUAUUUUUUAAGAUGUUUUGUACAAUGCAAUAUAUAAAUCUCAAACUUUAAGGAAAUGCACAAUGAAACAGAAUUAUUUGUAAAUAACUGAAUAGUUUAGGCCUAUUGAUAGACACAAAGAGGGGAUAUGGAUACUGUUUAAUAAAGUUAGAGAACACUGAAUUAUUUAUAUGGCUGAGUUAGUCUGUAAUAUCUUGUUGAAAACAUCAGUGUUUGGGACUGUAACAUAUCAAGCUAGUAGAGGUGUUCAGGCUAAUAGAGGUUAGGUGGCCUGUUGUCACCUUCCUGCUUGUGUGAUUAAUUACACAUUGAUAGGUUCAAAGUAUGUAACGAGUGCUUCGAGUUGGGGCACAGGUUCAUUGUCCGAGACUGAAAAUGACCCUAGCAUCUCUCAAUGGUACAAGUAAAGUCAAAAGACCACUUACUCAUUUUCUUGAAUGCUUCACAACAUCUACAACCACCAUGGCGAACUGACCAAGAUUAUGCAGUUGUAUAUAAAGUGUAUUUUUAUUUAUAUGUAUAUAUUGUGGUGCUAUAUUUUGUGUAUAUUUUAAUUCUUAUAUCAUUCCAUAUUCAGAUUUACAACUGGGGUAUCUUUUGGAGUGUUUGAAGGAUAUCUGUCUUUGAGUUGAAGACUUUUUGUGCCAAGAUAAUAACAUACCAAUUUUAAAAAUUCCAGUUUUAUGCUGACUAAUUUGAAUAUUAUGGUAGUGCAGGACAGCAGUGUGUUAUUGAGAUGAAAGUGCCUUUUCAGACAGUAUCUAUAGUGUCUGCUUCACAACUGUGCAAUUAUGAAACAACAUGCCACUAUAGGCAAAGUAACUGCAAUCUGACCGUCUUACACUAGGUUUUGUUCAGUCACUGAUUUUGGCACAAAAAGUUGGGUUUUGUGAGUAUUUGUAACAGGUUGUCCAUGUUGUGUAUUAGUGCUAUUGAAACUAAUCUAUUGUGGUUUUCAUUUUGCUUCAUCAUAAUCUGUCCUUGGUCACUGAAGCUUUGACAAAUGUAUACUUUAAUAUUGGGAUCAAAGUAACAGGAAUUGGAAACCAAUUAUGUUCGAUUAUUUACUCAUGAAAUCCAGUUUGAUAAUCAUUUUGUGAAAAAAUUGUAAAUACUUGGAAACCUACACAAGUAGCAACAUAAAUUGUGAUAAUGUCGACACCAUGCAAGUUGAAAUAUGUGUAAUAAUUGUGCUAGUGUGAUUUAGAAAUGAAAAGUACUUUUUGCAUUUUUAAUAUGAUGUUUAAUAUAUUCAUUACGCAGUUAGAACCAAUCUAUGUAGGUCCCGGAUGCCCGUGGACGUAGCGCAGUCAUUGUUUGUAUAAUGAUCUUUAUUUAUGUGGAACUUGUUUAUGUGCGAUUGAUUGAUUGAUUGACAAUGCAAUGUUGUAAAUGUUUCAGCUAAACUGAUUUUUCGUAAUUUCAUCAGUCAAAUCUUCGUGUUGUGAAGUUUGCUUCAUUGUAGUGAUGUGCUCCAUGGUAGUGACGUCUGCUCCAUGGUAGUGACGUCUGCUCCGUUGUAGUGACGUCUGCUCCAUGGUAGUGACGUCUGCUCCAUGGUAGUGACUUCUGCUCCAUUGUAGUGACGUCUGCUCCAUGGUAGUGACGUCUGCUCCAUUGUAGUGACGUCUGCUCCGAUGUAGUGGCAUCUGCUCCAUGGUAGUGAUCUUUGCACCUUUGUAUUAAUAUGAUGGAAAGAGCAUUGUCUCUAGGGACAUGAGUUUGGUGAUGUGUGUUCGAUUGUAUGUAUGUCUGAUGUAGCCAGGUAUUCAGUGUGCAGCUAGUAUUACUUGGAUCUUUGUACAGUGUGUACCAUGUUCAAUUUUUAAUGUGGAAGAUUUCAGAUUCUGUCACCAUUGCUCAAAUCAUGCAAAUAUAUAAUUCAGACCACAGCCGGCAUUGACAUUAGCAAGCAUUCUUCCUUGUGGCGUUAACACCAGGAGCAUUAUUUACUGUAGAGCUCAUACAACCUUGAGAUGGCCCAUAAGGAUCUUACGAAUUAUUGAAACAGCCCAGCAAUAUCAUACCUCACCAACUCUCUGUGCCUUUCAGUGUCAGGUGACGUGAACAGAAAUAUUUUUGUCUCAAUGCACCUAUUAUGUGUUUCAUAAUUUGGGUUCACAGAGCUCAAGGAUUUGGUUCAACUGUACUCAGCAUGGCUAAGUUUCUAAUUUCCCUCAAAUAACUUUUUCCUGACCUUCUAGUUCAAAUUUUACAAUGCAUGUCCAUUUCAAAGUUAAUGGUAAUUACACAGUGACACAAGUUUCACACAGAGUAUUGUUUCCGUGUUUAGACCUUGGAAGACGUCACUGUUUCACUGAAAUAAUGCCAAUGCCAUGUUUGAAUCUCUUACUCACUUUUGGAGAGAGUGAGCCACCCAGCAUCUUCCUGUUAUAUCAUAUGUGACAGUUUGCUAUAAAACCAUAAUUAGGAUAUACACAUUGGUUGAAAGAACUCGGUAAGAAAAGUGCUAUCAUCAUGAUUAUUGCUCUGUGUUUUCACCAUCCGUUAUGUGUUACACUCAUCUCUCGCUGUAGUUUGUUGUGGGGCUGUUUUGAUUUGCUUGAGUGAAGUAAACGUCUGUGAAAAUGUGUGGAAAUUAGACUUUCAUUUGAUCAUGAACAGUUGUGAGUCCAGAAACUUGGGAAAAUUCAUGUGUCUUCAGACCACGAAACAUUGUGUUCGUGAUCUCUUGAAGGCUAAAAGUUGUGAAUGAUGAGAAACCAAUUAUUUUGACAUUUAUUAAACCAUGUAAUCAAACUAUUCCACUCAUCAACUUACAAAUUUCAGAUCAGUUUGUCUUCAUCUUUGAUUCUCCCUGGUUUAUAUUUCCAUACUAUAUACCUUGAAACAAUUAGCAAUCCUGGAUUCAUUUUGAUGUGUGUUCCAAUGAAAUGACACUGAAUAAUUGCCAUCCAAUCAAAUUACAUGUAUGAGCAAACAAAUUUGUGUGCUAAGUCAGCAAUUGGAAACAUGGAGUGGCAACAUCGGAAACAGCUAUGGUGGUACAAAUGUACGAUAAUUGUCGUAAUUCCCUCUUUCAGCAAUACCCAGGAUAAGUGAGGAGAUGUGUGUCUUUCCCAGCGUUGUAGUUAUGUAAUAUGUUGUUUGUACUCACUUUGAAAUUUCUAUUCUUGACUUCUAUUGGAAACCAUGUUUCGGAGGGGUGUGGAAACCUUGGCAGCAUGCUGCAGUAAAUUAUUUAUGCCGCGGCUAUGAUCACAUGGUAAGACUGAGUAGAACCAUCAGGCUGCCAUGUUGUUCCAGAAUGUCACAUUUCAGGUUUGGGGUCCUGGGGCACUGGAAGGACAAAAUGUCUGUACAGAGUGUAGAAUUAGGGUUAUGAUAAUGUCAUAUGGAAUAAGGUUUAAUAUUGGUGAUUAAAUGUUUUGCUGAAAAUAUGACCUUGAAACAUUCUGAAAUGUGUGAAUCCACGAUGAUAAGGUCAAAUGAGCAUUCCUUCUCCUGUCUCAUGAAAUUUGUCAUAAUGCAUGCAAGGGCAAUCAAGUUUAUUUUGAUUUUUACAUGUCCCUGGCAUUUUGUUUUAUGCAUGAAUAUAUGUUGGAGCUAAAUAUGUAAGGAAUGCUUUGGUAUGAACUAGUCAGUUUAAUAAAAACAUAGACCCUUAACCAACCAGAACUGAUACGAUUUACCACAUAAUUUGAACUACUAUUAUGAUGCAUAUAGUAUAUAUAGUCCUAUUUACUCCUGGGAAUAUUUAGUAAUUUCAGUUAGAUAAAAGAUAUGUUUGGGGUACUAAGAGACCGUUAAUAAUUUAUGGCUAUGGGGGUGAUGAUGAUUUUUAUGGAGAAGCAUGUACAAUGUGAAUGACCCCCCUAAAAUUUAUGCACAAAAUAAGUGACCCCCUGCAU